AUGAAGGACUGGGUCCUUGGACUUUUCUCCGUCCCCCCUCCCUCCUUCACCACUGCUGACCUCCCCUUGAAGCUGGACCUCUGCACUUUCCAUGCUGCCCUCCUUUUCACCCCCACGGCCCUCCUCCUGCGGCUGGCCCAGUGGCCUUCCCAAGCUGCCAUGCCUGGAAGGAAGGCGAUGGGUCAAUCCUGCCUCUUCAUUCCUCUCCUCCCCUCUCCUUCCUCUCUCUUCGUCAUCCCUCGCCUCUUCAUUCCUCUCCCCCACGGUCCUUCCCUCUUCACCCAUCUCCUCACCAUUCCUUUUCUCUCCUUCCCUCUCCUCCCUCUCUUUCUCCUCCCCUUCCCCCCUCUCCUUCCCCCCUUCUACCGCCUCUCUCACAGGAUGACGCCUCCCCACCACUCCCCUAUUCGCUCUCUUUCCCUUCUUUCCCCACUUCUUCUGCUCAAAUGCUUACCCCGCCCACACUCCCCACCUCCUCACGCGAAACACCAACCACCCGCCCCCUAG